AAUGCAUUGCCAUUAACAAAGAUUAUGAGGACAGACGGGCAUCCCAAACACUACAGAUUUACAUACAGCCAAUUUAGUCUAAGUGUGUAUCAUAUUCAUUUGAACUCCCAGGUUGGCAGGUCAGAUUUAUCAGCGCAAAAUUAUCCACAAAGAUAAGCAUUUUUUACGUCUUGGGUUUAAUUGAAAGUGUUCGAGUUUUAGACUGUGUGAGAGCGAUAUCAUCUCAUUUCCUUUCUGUGACUAAGCGGUCACAGGCGUAUAAAAGAUGGAAAGUUGACAGAUUUGACACUGAAAACAAAUCAUACUCUGAAGAGUUUGCUCUAGCACUUAGAGUUAAAAAAAAAAAAUACUGUGAAUUUUCAUCAUGGAGCCAAAAACAGGACUUCUGAUUUGGUGGAUUCUAACGAUGAUCCUUGGGAUGACCUGCAGACCAACAGACAGAACAGUGACACUGCAGAACAACAGAAAGUGUGAUGUUAUACACCGCAUAGAUGUCACCAAACAUAGAAUGAAAGUUCUAUUGAAUACAUUUAACAUCAUAAACAAAAAUCCUGGACCAUGGAUGGAACCAAUUUCAGAACUUGACUUGAAGAACUUGACCCAUAAAGAGAAAUUGCACAAAGCUCAAUGCGGACUUCACUACAUGGAACAGGCAGUUGAGAUGAUACGUAAACACCAGGAUGAUCUACAUGCUCCUGUGACACACAUACCUAACAGUAUCGCAACAGACUUAGACCGUACCAGAGAAUGUGUUAAACAUGCUAUAGGCCAUUGCAAAAACAAGACAAAGCCUGAGUUCUCUUAUCCACAUACAUAUGAGAGAAAACAGUGGGGCGGGACUGUUCUUAACAUCUCUGUAGACUUUCUGGAUGAGUUGGUGAAAGUCAUAGAACAUGAGAUGAGCAAAUCACAUAAAUCAAACAAUCACUCAAUCAAUACUGCUUGACACCAUUGGUUUAUAUUAUUUGUCAGCUGCACUUAUUAAUUUAUGAAAGAUUUUGUAAGCACUUAUUUAUAAGAUCCUGUUAUUAACGGAAUUUGCAGUAUGUUCUCAGGAUAAAUAUGGUUGGAAAAGUUAUUUAUAUUUUUAAAUUAAAGAAAUUGUUAUUUAUUAUAUAUUUGUACUUUUCAGUUUUUUGUAUUUUGAGUUAAAAAAUAUUGUUACUCUAUUUAACAUUAUAUAUUUAUAUUAAUGCAGCUUAUUGUCAUAUUGUCAACACAAUAAUAAAAUUU